AUGUCUUCUUCAUCUUCCAAAAUAAACGGUGACUUAAAAAUCCCAUUUGAAGAUAUAGAAUCCGCCACCAACAACUUUUCUGAUGAAAAUCUCAUCAGACGAGGUGGAUUCGGAAAGGCUUACAAAGGACAACUCCUUCGAUCCGGUCAACCAAUCGACAUUGUUGCACGAAGGUUAGAUCCAGAGUACAGGCAAGGAAAGAAAGAGUUUUUAAUGGAGGUUACAUUGCUUUCUGCUCUCAAGCAUGACAAUCUUGUCUCUCUCAUUGGGUAUUGUGAUGAGAAGGGUGAGAAGAUCAUAAUAAACAAGUAUGAGACCCAUGGAAGUCUCGACAGAUAUCUGGCAGACCCGACCUUGACAUGGAUGCGCAGACUGGAGAUAUGUGUUGGUGUUGCAUGUGCAUUGAAGUUCGUCCAUUACGAUGAGCAACGCGAUUUUAGCGUGAUACAUCGUAAUAUCAAGAGUUCAAAAAUCUUACUAGAUGACAACUGGAAGCCCAAGUUAUCAGGUUUUGAACUAUCCAUGAAGAAUACAACAGCUCGAAGACACCGGCUUUUCCUUGAUCGUCUGAGUGGCACAAUAGGGUAUAUCGACCCAAGAUAUGAAAAGACCGGAGGCGUCACACACAAGUCCGACGUGUACUCUUUAGGGGUUGUAUUAUUUGAAGUCCAGAUGCGCCACCAUCCCUGA